AUGACGACCGUUGCAUCAUCACUUCUUCCUACCGACCAACCCUUUCGACGCCGCGUGCCUCGACUGAGUCCUGCACCCAGUAGAUGGCGAAGUCGACAAGAACCACAAAGUUUCAAACGAGCCUUCAAGUACGACCAAGUCAAUCGGUCUAUUAGGGUUAGUAGAGUUCACGAUAACCGUAUCGUCCGGCAGCGAAGACCUCGGCCUUCAUAUCCAGCAUGGGGGUUUGACGAUGAGGAUAGCCGCCGUUUAGCAGCCGACCCCAACUUUGCGUUGCCUUCCGACUGCAGUCGUAGCAAGCCCCGGCUUGAACGCCAGGAAGCCUUCCGAGAACCCAAGACCCAAGGAUUCUACUCCGACGUAGUGGAAGAUGAUUCUGACUUAUAUAAGUUGGGUCUUCUAUAUGACGAUGAACACUCGCGUGGUUCAUACUUCAGCUUGGACGCCAUCGUCCACGAUGAGCCUGUCUACUCAAUCCGCCCAGCGAAGCGAGCAAGGAAGCAGCGCAAAGAGCAGUCUUAUUUACACCUAGAUCUUUCAUACGCUUUGUUAAGUUCGGACAUAGACGUCGGUCCUUUUUUGGUUCCCGAGGUUCAUGAGAUCCUUGCUCCCGUGGAAGAUAUCUCCGUAACUCAAGACCAUCAUGAGGAUUACCAUGCUUCGACGCGAUCAUACAGGGAUGCGACACUCUCAGUUAUCCACGAGCUCCCGGAGAGCUCAGCACCUUCAUUUGAAAAGGCUGCCCCGGAGGCCGCUGAUUUCCCCGAUUUGGUUUCUGAUUCAGAAGGAGAGGACGAAGAAUCGCAUGACUGGGCGUUAUUGGAGGACGUCGAUAUUCUGAGUAAUGCGGAUGUUGAUACUGUCGCGGAAGAUAUCGUAGACGCAGCCUCCGUCACUGGAGAAGCCUGGGUCGUGCUGGGUGACGGCUCGUAG